AUGACGUCUAAAACUAGGCUGGAUCGGAUUCGCAACGAAUACAUCAGGGGCUCCUUCAAAGUCGCACCCAUAGGUGAUAAGAUGGUGGAGAGGCGAAUGCGCUGGUUCGGGCACGUGAUGAGAAGGGAUGAAGAGUACCCAGUUAAAAAGGCUUUAGCAAUCCCGGAAAAGAGAAAAGGCGGAGGGCGCCCCCUAGCUACGUGGUGGACAACCGUAUCCAAAGACCUGGAACGGGCUCAGCUUGAAACGCAAACAACCCAGGGCAGGCGAUCCUGGCACCUAAGGACGAGGAGAGCCGACCCUAAAUGA